CAUACAGCCCCCGGUUGUCAGUGGUAGGGGGGUGCAGUGCCGGUGGAAGGGGUGCAGUGAGGAGCUCAGCCCAGGGGCCGGUCUUAUUGCAUAACAGGGACAAUGUGCAGAGCAGCAGAUGACUGGGGAGGGACAGGCUGCAGAAUAAAGUCUCGGCUGUGUGCUCGGAAGGGAGCUGUCAGGAUGGGCUCCGGGGCUGCAUGGCUGCUUCUCCCGGCCGCUCUGCUCCUCUCCUGGUCGCCUGGCGUCCUCUGUCACCCGCAGUGUCUGGACUUCAAGCCGCCUUUCCGCCCCCCCCAGGAGCUGACCUUCUGCGUGCAGUACAAGGAGUUCGGCUGCUGCGACUCAGCCCGGGACCAGGAGAUCAUGGACAACUUCUACCGAGUCCUGGCCAAUGUGGACCAGGCUGGGUACGAGCUGUGCGCUGCACAUGUGCAGGACAUCCUGUGCCAGGAGUGUUCCCCCUACGCGGCCCAUUUGUUUGAUGCUGAAGACCCCAACACCCCUGUAAGGACCAUCGCGGGGCUUUGCGAGGAAUAUUGCGCUGAUGUCUGGAAGAAGUGCCGGUCUCUCUUCAGAUACAUGUCAUCAGACAAAGAGCUGUUGUCCUUGGAAGGUAACAUGGCGAAGUUCUGCCGCCACCUGUCCCUGGACGACGUGGACUACUGUUUCCCUCGGUUGCUGGUGAACACCAAACUGAACAAAGAUUUGGGCUUGGUGACGGCUGACUCAGAGGGCUGUCUGCAGCUGUGUCUGGAAGAAGUGGCCAACGGCCUUCAAAACCCCGUCGCCAUGGUGCACGCCAACGACGGCACGCAUCGGUUCUUCGUGGCGGAACAAGUGGGCCUGGUGUGGGCCUAUCUUCCUGACCGUUCCAGGCUGGAAACUCCAUUUUUAAACAUCUCUAAAUCUGUCCUCACCUCUCCCUGGGAAGGCGACGAGCGAGGGUUUCUAGGAAUCGUCUUCCAUCCAAAUUUUAAGCACAACGGAAAAGUCUUUGUUUACUACUCGGUGGAGGUUGGCUUUGAUGAAAUCAUACGAAUCAGUGAAUUCAGAAUUUCCUCUCAUGACAUGAACAUGAUUGACCACAGUUCCGAAAGGAUAAUCCUGGAGGUGGAAGAGCCAGCGUCCAAUCACAAUGGCGGAGAGGUGCUGUUCGGAGAUGACGGCUAUCUCUACAUAUUCAUCGGGGAUGGAGGGAUGGCUGGAGAUCCAUUUGGGAAGUUUGGGAAUGCACAGAACAAGUCCACGUUGCUGGGUAAAGUUCUGCGCAUCGAUGUAAAUCACAACAACCACGGCCCCCUUUACCGAAUCCCGGCCGACAACCCGUUUGUCGACGACCCGUCUGCCAGACCUGAAGUCUAUGCUUACGGGGUGAGGAACAUGUGGCGCUGCUCAUUUGACAGGGGAGACCCCAAGACAAAGGAGGGGAAAGGACGCCUGUUCUGCGGAGAUGUGGGACAAAACAAAUUUGAAGAAGUCGACAUUGUAGAGAAAGGAAGGAAUUAUGGCUGGAGGGCCAGGGAAGGAUUCAGCUGCUAUGAUAAAAAGCUUUGUACCAAUUCAUCACUAGGUGAUGUUCUUCCGAUUUUUGCCUACCCGCACAAGCUAGGAAAGUCGGUCACUGGAGGAUAUGUGUACAGAGGCUGCGAAUAUCCAAAUUUAAAUGGUCUUUAUAUAUUUGGAGAUUUUAUGAGUGGACGUCUGAUGGCUCUGAAGGAGAACCAGAAUACAGGAGAAUGGCAGUACCAUGAGAUCUGUAUGGGCACAGGACAGACCUGCAUGUUUCCCAGGCUCAUUAAUAAUUAUUACCAGUACAUCAUCUCCUUUGGGGAGGAUGAAGCAGGGGAACUCUACUUCAUGUCUACUGGUAUACCAAGUGCUGAAUCUCCCACUGGUGUCUUGUACAAGAUAAUCGACACUUCCAGGAGGGCCCCACCUGGUAAAUGCCGUUACCACUCCAUACCGGUCAAGACGAAGAGCGCCACCGUGCCAUUUGUGCCAAAAGAAAAAUUAAUCAUAAAAACCGCCACCCCAACUAAGAAACCGAAGGUCAAACCCACAUCAAGAACAACUGGAAGGGCCAAAGCCACUGCACAGCCACCCCCCAACUCCACUCCUGAUUGGGUGCAGCAACUAUUAAAGCUCAUGCAAGGUGAAAAAAUCCCAACCACCAUGAGGCCGACCACAACCAAACCACCGAAGCCAAGGAAGGGUGGUAAGAGCAACGAGAAGAAGGGACAAAAAAAGAAAACAAAAACAAACACCGGGGCAGACUCUAGGCCAAAAUCUGUGGAAAUACAUAGCGGGUCAGUGCGCUUGGCAAAUGGCAAUAAAUCUGACCGUGGGAGGGUCGAGAUCUUUAUCAAUGGACAGUGGGGCACGGUGUGCGAUGACUUGUGGAACAGCAAAGCAGCCGCAGUUGUGUGCCGACAGAUGGGGUUCCCUCAUGUUGUAAAGGCUGCCAAACAAGCCGAGUUUGGAGAAGGAAAGAACCUUCCAAUCCUUCUUGAUGACGUGGAGUGCACAGGCAAGGAGAAGACCCUAUUGGACUGCAAGCAUAAGGAAAUUGGCAAACACAACUGUGGCCACCAAGAAGAUGCUGGGGUCAUAUGUAGCCACAGAGAAGAGGCCUAAACCUGAAUUUUUAGAUGGAUUCAUAUUUCGAUGAGUACUUCACCUGAAA